GGCUGGCACCGACUGGAGCGGGCGCCGGCCACGGCGGAGCGAUGAUCCGCCGGGAAGACACUGAACGGGCAGUGGAAAUUCUGACCAGAUACCAAAGCACCCUGCGGUCCCCGGAGGAGCAGGAGCUAAAAGCCUCCAUUGGAAAAGUCUCACACAUCUUCCAAAGUGAACUCUUCCAGGCUCUGCUGGAUAUCCAUGAAUUCUAUGAUUUCACGCUGCGUUCCACACCCCUGCAGCCUCCCAGCCCAGAUGCACGUCACAGCACAGCCAUACAGCAGCACGGGGUCAGCGAGCCCAAUGCCGCAGUCACACCCAGAGAGCCCCAAAACCUCCCCGAGGAUCCAUCCUGGGACAGUGAGCAGAGGCUUCCUGCAGGGCCUGGGGACAGCACGCCAGGGACACCGCCACGGCUGGUGAGGGUGACGGCACGGACGACGGAGGCACCAGCCAGCGUCUGCAGCCUGGUGCUUGGCUCUCGCAGCGCCCUGCCCCAGGCCAACCCUGUUCCCAUUAUCGUGAACACAGACUCGCUGGAACAAGGGCUCUCUGUGAACGGCAGCGAUGGGAUGUUCAAAUACGAGGAGAUUGUCUUGGAAAGGGGUAACUCUGGCCUCGGCUUCAGCAUAGCGGGAGGAAUCGACAACCCCCACAUUCCAGAUGACCCAGGUAUCUUCAUCACCAAAAUCAUCCCCGGGGGAGCAGCAGCCAUGGAUGGCCGUCUGGGGGUGAACGACUGCGUGCUGCGGGUGAAUGACGUGGACGUCUCCGAGGUGGUGCACAGCAAAGCUGUGGAGGCCCUGAAGGAAGCAGGCCCUGUGGUGCGGCUCGUGGUGCGCCGCCGGCAGCCCCCGCCAGAGACCAUCAUGGAGGUCAACCUGAUGAAGGGCCCCAAAGGACUGGGGUUCAGCAUCGCAGGGGGCAUCGGGAACCAGCACAUCCCCGGGGAUAACAGCAUCUACAUCACCAAAAUCAUCGAGGGAGGCGCUGCCCAGAAGGAUGGGCGCCUGCAGAUUGGGGACCGGCUGCUUGCGGUGAAUAACACGAACCUGCAGGAUGUACGGCACGAGGAGGCAGUGGCUGCCCUGAAGAACACCUCCGACAUGGUGUACCUGAAAGUGGCCAAGCCUGGCAACAUCCACCUCAACGACAUGUACGCGCCCCCCGACUACGCCAGCACCUUCUCAGCCUUGGCUGACAACCACAUAAGCCAUAACUCCAGUCUGGGCUACCUGGGCAACGUUGAGAGCAAGCCUGCCUACUCAGUCCCUCCCCAGGUGACGCCAUCCCGGUACUCGCCGAUCCCACGGCACAUGAUCGGGGAUGAAGACUUCACCAGGGAGCCCCGGAAAAUCAUCCUGCACAAAGGCUCCACCGGCCUGGGCUUCAACAUCGUCGGGGGGGAAGAUGGCGAGGGGAUCUUUGUGUCCUUCAUCCUGGCCGGAGGCCCUGCCGACCUCAGUGGGGAGCUGCGGAGGGGAGACCGCAUCCUCUCGGUGAACGGCGUGAACCUCCGCAACGCCACCCACGAGCAGGCGGCGGCGGCGCUGAAGCGGGCGGGGCAGACGGUGACCAUCGUCGCGCAGUACCGGCCCGAAGAGUACAGCCGCUUCGAGUCAAAGAUCCACGACCUGCGAGAGCAGAUGAUGAACAGCAGCAUGAGCUCUGGCUCCGGCUCACUCCGGACAAGCGAGAAGAGAUCUCUCUAUGUCCGAGCCCUGUUUGACUAUGACAGGACCAGGGACAGUUGCUUGCCCAGCCAGGGGCUCAGCUUCUCUUAUGGGGACAUCCUGCAUGUCAUCAAUGCCUCCGAUGAUGAGUGGUGGCAAGCCAGGCUUGUCACGCCCCACGGCGAGAGCGAGCAGAUCGGGGUCAUCCCCAGCAAGAAAAGGGUGGAAAAGAAGGAGAGAGCGCGGUUGAAAACGGUGAAGUUCCACGCCAGAACUGGCAUGAUUGAGUCCAACAGGUCGAUCAAAACGAAACGUAAAAAGAGUUUCCGCCUCUCUCGAAAGUUUCCAUUUUACAAGAGCAAAGAGAACCUGGCCCAGGAGAGCGGCGGACAGGAACAGGGCGUGACAUCAAACACCAGUGACAGCGAGAGCAGUUCCAAAGGACAAGAGGACGCUAUCCUGUCAUACGAGCCGGUGACGCGGCAAGAAAUUCACUAUGCGAGGCCGGUGAUCAUCCUGGGGCCGACAAAGGACCGAAUUAACGAUGACCUCAUCUCUGAAUUCCCACACAAGUUUGGUUCCUGCGUGCCACACACUACCAGGCCUCGGCGUGAGAAUGAGGUGGAUGGACAAGACUACCACUUUGUCGUAUCCCGUGAACAGAUGGAGAAAGACAUCCAGGACAACAAGUUCAUAGAGGCUGGACAGUUCAAUGACAAUCUCUACGGGACCAGCAUUCAGUCAGUGCGGGCAGUGGCAGAGAGGGGGAAGCACUGCAUCCUGGAUGUGUCUGGCAAUGCUAUCAAGAGGUUGCAACAAGCACAACUUUAUCCCAUUGCCAUUUUCAUCAAACCAAAAUCCAUUGAAGCUCUCAUGGAGAUGAACCGGAGACAGACAUACGAACAGGCCAACAAGGUCUUUGACAAAGCCAUGAAACUUGAGCAAGAGUUCGGAGAGUAUUUUACAGCCAUCGUACAAGGAGACUCUCUUGAAGAGAUUUACAGCAAAAUCAAACAGAUCAUUGAGGACCAGUCCGGGCACUACAUCUGGGUCCCAUCCCCAGAGAAACUCUGAAGAUGUCCCUCCCCUGCUUCCCAGUGAGCAGAAGAUCUCCGAAGUCCCACCCCACCCAAGCCCUCUGCCCCAAGGGGGGAGGAUAUGAAAACUAUUCCUGCCCCCUUUUUUUAGAUCGUCGCAAAAUUGAGUUUUCUAGUCCUGUUUCUUUUGUUGGGAUGAAUUCAUCUCGUUCAUCACGUGACUGUUCCCACCGUUCCUGCAUGGACCUUCCCACUGCUCCAUUAGAGACAGAUGAGAACCCAUUCAAGGUCGUUUUUUAUUAUUAUUAUUAUUAUUAACGAAACCAUGAAUCAAGAUGGGAGGAGGCGGCUAAGGACUAAUGUAAGAAACAAAUGAAACAACGGACUCUGAGCACAUAAGCUAGUAUCAGCGCUCCAGGGGCAUUUUUUCCAAGUGUGACUGUCUAGCAGCUCUGAACAGUGCGACAGAAAAGCAGCAAAAAGCAUUUUAUUUAUCUGUAUAUGUAAUUUAUAUAUAAUAUAGAG